UUGGGCUCGGCGACCCUCUCGGGCGGUGUUUCCCCCGCGCUUGGUACGGCCCGGCCCGCGCCCCUCACUCAGAGCCCGCAGACGCCCGUGCGGCCCGCGGCAGCUCCCAGCCUGUACGCCCCGAGCCCGCCAUGGUCCGCCCGCGCCGUGCCCCGCACCGCUUCGGCGUCGGGGGCCCCCUCGAGGGUCGAGGCCGCCCUCCGCGGCCCAUCCUGGCCCGCACCGCCCGUUCUCGCUCCUGGCCAGCCUUCCCCCGCGGCCCGCAGCCGCCCCGGAUCCGGGCUCGUUCGGCGCCUCCCAUGAAAGGUGCUCGGAUUUUUGGCGCUCUGGGACCCAUCGGGCCUUCCUCCCCCGGACUCUCGCUUGGUGGCCUGGUGGUGAGUGGACACAGGCUCAGCAACAAGUUGCUGGCCUGGAGUGGCAUCCUGGAGUGGCAAGAGAAGCGCAGACCCUACUCAGACUCAAGCGUGAAGCUGAAGCGAGUGCUGCCCUGCCAGGCUUAUGUGAACCCAGGCGAGAACCUGGGGACCGACCAGUGGCCCCAGAAGCUGAUCAUGCAGCUGAUUCCGCAGCAGUUGCUGACCACCCUCGGCCCGCUCUUCCGCAACUCCCAGCUGGCACAGUUUCACUUCACCAACCGAGACUGCAACUCCCUCAAGGGUCUGUGCCGCGUCAUGGGCAACGGCUUCGCGGGCUGCAUGCUGUUCCCCCACAUCGCCCCGUGCGAGGUGCGCGUGCUGAUGCUCCUGUACUCGUCCAAGAAGAAGAUCUUCAUGGGCCUCAUCCCCUACGACCAGAGCGGCUUCGUCAAUGCAAUCCGGCAGGUCAUCACCAACCGCAAGCAGGCAGUGGGUCCAGGGGGUGUCAAUGCAGGCCCGGUCCAGAUGGUCAACAACAAAUUCCUGGCGUGGACCGGCAUCAUGGAGUGGGAGGAGCCCAGACCUGAGCCCAACACUUGCUCCAAGAGGUGGCUGCCGUCGCAUGUCUACGUGAACCAGGGCGAGAUCCUGAGGACUGAGCAAUGGCCUCGGAGGCUGUUCAUGCAACUCAUCCCGCAGCAGCUGCUGACCACCCUGGUGCCUCUGUUCCGAAACUCCCGCCUGGUACAGUUCCAUUUCACUAAGGACCUGGAGACACUGAAGAGCCUCUGCCGGAUCAUGGACAAUGGCUUUGCCGGCUGCGUGCACUUCUCCUACAAGGCCUCAUGCGAGGUGCGUGUGCUAAUGCUCCUGUACUCGUCGGAGAAGAAGAUCUUUAUUGGCCUCAUCCCCCAUGACCAGAGCGGCUUUGUCAACGGCAUCCGCCGUGUCCUCGCCAACCAGCACCUGGUCCUGCAGAGGAACUUGGAGCAGGAGCAGCAGCAGCGAGGGAUGGGGGGGUAG